AUGGCCAUGUCCAUUUUAGGUGGAAAUGAAGCUUCUUCCUCGUAUGCACCAGUUCAAAAAUGGACAUAUGACGUGUUCAUAAGCUACAGAGGCGAAGAUACUGGCAAGAACUUCCCUGAUCAUCUCUAUUCUAGACUGCACGGUGCCGGAAUCACUACGUUCAGGGAUAAAAAUGAACUGAAAAGGGGAGAAAAAAUCUCGUCCGAGCUUUUUGAAGCUAUUCACGGAUCCAAUGUUUUCUUGGUUGUUUUCUCCAAGAACUACGCAGCUUCCAAAUGGUGUCUGAAUGAACUUGUGGAGAUAAUGAAACGCAGGGAGCAAUUAUCUCAAUUGGUACUACCCAUAUUUUACAACGUCAAUCCAUCAGAUGUGAGGAAACAAACUGGAAGCUUUGGGGAAGCAUUUUUGAAACAUGAUGCUGAUCCAAACGCGGAAAAAAACGAGGUGUCAAGUUGGAGGAAAGCUUUGGCUGAGGCAGGGGAAUUAUCUGGGUGGGAUUUAGAUGCCACUGACGGGUAA